UUAAGGGGGAGUUGCGGGCGGGAGGGUCUCUGGAAGGCACCAGCUGAGCCGCUGGCGUCAGCGUCGUCCUCUUCAACUGCCGUCAAAUUUUCGCCUGAGCGCUUUGUGGGAGAUGCUUCUCCCCUUCUCUAUAAAUGCCUCGCCUCCCUUCUCUCUCCCCUCAUCUAACCCUUCUUCCGUCCCCAUUCCUCCUCUGCGUCUUCUUUCUUCUUCGUCAUCUUACUCGUCUUUUGCAUUCUCCUCCUCGUGUCGCGCUGCGCCUUGCUCUGCUCCGUACCGCUGCGGGAGAUUAGGAAGAUCGAGAGCGAGUUCUGCGAUGGAGAACUCUGCGGCGGCAUCCAAUCUCCUCUUCAGGCAGCUCUUCGAGAGCGAGUCCUGCACCUACACCUACUUGCUCGCCGACGUCGGUCACCAGGACAAACCCGCUAUCUUGAUCGAUCCUGUUGACAAGAUGGUGGACCGAGACCUUAAACUUAUAAAAGAAUUAGGUUUAAAGCUGAUUUAUGCUAUGAAUACCCAUUGUCAUGCUGACCAUGUUACUGGCACCGGCUUAAUAAAGACUAAGAUGCCUGGUGUGAAAUCUAUCAUCUCCAAAGACAGCAAAGCCAGGGCUGAUAUUUUGAUUAGUGGUGGAGACAUAAUUCAAUUUGGUAAUUUGUUUCUAGAGGCUCGUGCAACUCCUGGGCAUACCUUGGGCUGUAUCACAUAUGUGACAGGGGAUGGUCCUGGUCAGCCUAAGCCUAGGAUGGCUUUUACAGGUGAUACUCUUCUAAUACGAGGCUGUGGAAGGACAGACUUUCAGGGAGGAAGCUCAAGUGAACUUUACAGGUCUGCACAUUCUCAGAUUUUCACAUUGCCAAAAGACACAUUGCUCUAUCCUGGUCACGACUACAAGGGAUUCACUGUAUCCACAGUUGGAGAAGAGAUCCUCUACAACCCUCGGUUGUCAAAGGAUGAGGAAACAUUCAAAGAGAUCAUGGCAAACUUGAACCUGGCGUACCCUAAAUUGAUGGAUAUUGCGGUCCCUGCAAAUUUGCUUUGUGGCUUGCAAGGUGCAGUGGAGAAGACGGCAUAACCAUUGUCUAUAGACCUUCAUAAACCACUUUGCUUGAUUAAUUGUGAUUGGUCUCUCUGCCUAAUGUACUAAAAGUCCGUCUUCAUUCUCACUAGUUUGAUUUCAGCUUGGAGUCUUUAAAUUGUCCAGGUCUGUUGUUUCAGUCUUUUUUUGUAUCUUAUCUCUAAUAAGUGGAGUUGCAGGAAGAGUACCUCAUUCUUCCGCUGGUUUCCAUCUGACGAGCGUUUGCAACAACUAGGCCUUGUUUCAGUUUCUUGUUUGUUUGGAAAGGGAAAUGCGUGUCUGGUUGUAUAGCAAACAUUGUCACUAUUACUGAAGAAUGUCUUGUUCUUCUGCUUUC